AUGCCCAAGAACGCGUUGGUCAUCAUACGCUAUGGGCCAUACAGCUCAGUUGGCCUGUCAGUGGAGCACCGAACCUAUCGCCUGGAAGGCCUUCUAGCUGUAUUGGCCAAAGAUGGACACAGUGUCAUCCUAGAGAAGAUGGAAGACUGGAAUGUGGUGGAGCUCAUGGUGAAUGGAGAAGUUGUCUUCCACUGCAACAUCAAAGACCUGGAAUUUGGAAGUGAUGGUAAACUAGAUCCCCUGUGCGAAGAGGCCAGGAUAGCUGUCCUAAACGCUUACUGA